AUGCUUAGCAAAGUUGCUGCCUUUGCGGCGUGCCUGACGCUCACCGCUGCCAUUCCUUUAGACGGAAAGCUCGUCGAACGCCAGACGCCCAACUACCCAGACAACGGUACACUUGUCGAUGCCCCAAAUACCACAGCACUCACCCGUCCAAACCCGGACUACACAACUGAUCAACUCAACCAGAUCAAGCUCGCUUAUACUGCGAGUGAAAGAUUAGCCCUGCUGAAAAGCUACGGAGAUCCAAACGACUAUUUCAAAUUCGAUCUAACACCAAAUGGGUCUCAUUCUAAUGCCGCCAACGGUCUUGGUGGUCAGGGCUACCUCGCUCAUGUCGGCAACUAUCCUGUCUUGAUGGGAACUGGGCUCUCUGUAGCCAUUGGAUACCUCAACCCCUGUGGUCUGGACAGCAUGCACAUCCAUAAUCGUGCGACAGAGAUGGUUACACUCGUCAGUGGCGUGUCCCUGAAGACUGGCUUCGUCCUCGAGGAUGGCUUUGACCUGCCUGUCAUGACCGAAAUCGGGUUGUACCAAGGAACCAUCCGCCCAAUGGGUUCCAUUCACUGGGAGUUCAACGACAAUUGCGAGCCAGCUGUCUUCGUGGCUUCGCUCUCCAACGAGGACCCUGGUGUCUCUCGCACAGCCCAGAAUUUCUUCAUCAAUCCCCAAGACGUCGUUGACGCCGAUCUUGCGUAUCCGAGCUGGCUUGAUAACGUGAACACUACCGAUUACAGGGCGUCGCUCCCAUCCGCGUUCGCCCAGGGCGCGAAAGAGUGCUACGCAAGGUGCGGUCUGACAUAUGAUACGAACCAAGCCGGUGGCAUCAGCAAAUAA